UGAUUGGCUGACGCGUCUCCGCUCUGACGUAUGACUCAUCCUGUCCAAGAUGGCGAUACACCUGCUGUCACAGCGAUGAUCCGCCGCUUAAAACAGUUUAGAGCCCAGGAAACUGAGUGAUUAAUUAUUUAACCGGCGGCGUAGAAUCGGACUUCGUCGUCCACCAUGUCCGCAGAGGAGCUGUCGGCCUCGGACAGCGAGGUCGUGUUGGCCGGCGCCGGAGAGCGCUGGGCACCGGUGGGAGCCGUGGCCAGCCCGGAGGAGGAGAGCGGCUCCGGCGGCCAGCCGAGGCAGCGAGGCUCCGUCGGCGAGGAGGAAAUGGCGGUGCGGCUGAUGAAGCUGGAGGAGGAACAAGAGCUGCUUAAUUCCUCGCUGCUCGCACUCACGUCGCACUUCGCUCAAGUGCAGUUCCGCCUCAAGCAGAUCGUCCACGCACAGAGCGAGGAGAAGGAGAAGAUGCUCACCGAGCUGGAGGAGUUCGCCUUCAAGGGAUGCCCGCAUGUGGUGGGCAGCAGGGCCCGGGACGCGCAGCAGAUCCACAACACGACGGAGCGAGAGAAGCGCGAGCGCCUGGAGGCUCAGAGAGAGAAACAAAAAGAUCUCAUUCUCCAGCUGAAGACCCAGCUGGACGACCUGGAGCACUUUGCCUACCAGGAGGGCAGCUACGACUCGCUGCCACAGUCCGUGGUCCUGGAGAGGCAGAAGGUCAUCAUUGACGAGCUGAUCAAAAAGCUGGACGUCAACCUGAACGAAGACAUCGGCGACCUGACGCCGGAGGAGCUGCGGCACCGGGUGGACGCCGCUAUCGCGCAGAUCGUCAACCCGGCCCGCGUGAAGGAGCAGUUGGUGGACCAGCUGAAGACGCAGAUCAGAGACCUGGAGAUGUUCAUCAACUUCAUCCAGGAUGAGGUAGGCAACCCUCUCCUGUCUGACGGCCCACACAGCCAGCAGCCUCAAGCGGCCGCCGCCAAGCCCAGGACCCCUGGGGUGAAAAGGACAGUGGACCCGGAGCAGGCCCAGAGGAUGCGAGAGACGGGUCUUCAGCUGAUCCAGAAGGCGCUCGCCGUGCUGCAGAUCUUUGCCGCCAGCCAGUUCGGCUGCUCGACCAACCAGGUUCCCGCAAGCAUGUGGCCUCAGGAGUCCGGACAGCGGGACUACGGUCCUCUGUUGCAGCGUCUGGAGGCGGCGGCGGAGAAGGUGCGAGUGCUGGGCUCGCGCAGGCAGCCGGCCCUCGAGCACGUGGUCAACUACACCAGUAACUCUGCGCUGGGGCCGCGGGACGAGCUGACGGCGUGCGUGAGGAAGGAGCUGGCGAUGGCGCUGAGGGACUUGUUGGCUCACGGUCUGGUGUCGCCGUCGCAGGCCGUCAGCCUGGCGUUGGCGCCCAUCUCCUGCCUGCUGCCAUUCAAGGCCACCUCUCAGUCCAUUCAUCCCUGGGAACUCUUCGUCAAGUACUACCACUCCAAAAACGGCAAAGCCUUCGCCGAGUCGCCAGCCCGCCAGCUGUCGCAGUCCUUCAGCCUGCCUGUAGGGGGCAACCCGGUCAGCGUCACCCCCAAACAGUCCCUGCUUUGGGCCGUGCACACCGUGCUGAAGGAGCACGGGCGCUACAAGCGAGGGCCGGACACAGAGUUCAAGGCGCUGGUGUGCAUGGCGCUCAACGAGCAGCGCCUGGUGUCCUGGCUCAACCUGCUGUGCAAGGCGGGGACGCUCGUGCACCCGCACUACCUCUCCUGGAGCUACAUGGCGCAGACCGGCUUUGAGGGCGCCCUGCGCAUCCUGGGACGCAUCAGCCACCUCAAGUUUAACCUCCCCGUAGACCUGGCCGUGCGACAGCUGAAGAACAUCAAGGACGCUUUCUGAAGCCUGCAAACUUUGAGUACAAGCGGCUCUUUGAACGUAGCAUCAACGCGAGCAAGAUGACGGCGCUGCACCAUUUAGCAAAUCCUCCUGAAAAUGUCCAUGACUACGAUAAACUGUGUAGUUGCCUUUGACUCGAAGUGACCUCGCCUUCUUCCUGAGCUUUAUAUUCAACAACAUUCCUGUACAGUAAUCACUACUGUAAUGUGGCCGUCAAUCCAAGAUAGAAGCCCUCGCACCUGCUGCUUUUAGUUUGAAAAGGAGCCAGGAGUGCUGCUUUGUUUGAAGUCUUGCAGUUCCGCUUCAAACCCUCCUUCAGGUUCAAACGGAUUUCAUUUGACGAUAAAGAUGUAUUUAUUGUUAUGUUACAUGUUUGCUUUUGUUUUAUCCUGUGUAGCAAGUAAGGGUGUGAAUCUUUGGGCACCUAACGAUUUGAUCCGAUUCCUGGGGUGACUAUUCAAUUCAGAAUCGAUUCUCGAUUCAACACGGUUCUCGAUCCAAACCGAUUCUCGCAAUGUGUUAUUUGGUAUUUUAAUUAUAUUAAGACAAAAAAAGUCAGAAGUUAGAAAAGCUCCUUCUGGUUGCAUGGAGAUGGCCUAUGACCGUCUUUUAAAAAAAAAGAUUCUUAUAAAAAAAAGAUUCUUAUAAAAAAAUGAUUCUUAUAAAAAAAAAAGUAAUAUAUUUUUUUUAAAUCAAUUUUUGAAAAUUGUAAAUCUAUUUAGAACCGGGAUGAAUACGAUUUUUGAUUCAGCUGGGAAUCUAUGUUUUGUGCACCCUAUAAUGAAGUACCAUAUCUUCUCCCUGAAUGUAAAAACCGCAGAUGCUAUUAAAGUGUUUACUGUAGUGAUAUCCACGCUAAAACAUAUUUUUUGUGCAACAGGAAACCUAUUUGAUCAUUGACAGUUUGAUAGAUCAUGUUUAUGCCAACUGUUAUUUGCCCUGUGAUGCUGGUAUUCAUAUACACAAUUAUUUAUUGAAGCAUGUUUUAGCUUUAAAGGUGAACCAUUGCAGCAUGUAUUCAUUAUUCAGUCAAGUAACAGUAGCCAGGCUGAUUUCUGUAAUGCAGCUAUUCAUAAUAUUACUGUAUUAUGUCUUCAUCUCAAACACUAAACAUAUAUCAAAAUAUUUAAUUUAUAUUUUCCACAUUGUCAUUCUGUUUCAUGCAGUUGUGGAGCAAUUUUAAACUGAUUAAAUAUGUUUUUGUUGUG